AUGACAAGUUUGGUUCAAGGAAGCCAUUUCUUGUUACUGAGUCUGCCCAAAGUCGGUUGGGUUGAAAAUGAGCCUACUUCUCCUCCCAGGGGCAGUCACCAGAGUCGUAUUAUCUCCUUGCCCCAUCGGCUUUUGAGGAAACCUCUCCCACAGAAUUCGGGUGACAUGCAACAUAUCUGGCUGUCUUAUUAUGAACUUUUGUUGCCCAAUGUAGUGCGGUCUUGUCGACGCGAAGGUCCGACACAUUUGUGGCAUGCUGGCAGCAAAGGUGAGGAAGAGCUGGAUACAGGAGUGAGGCGGACAUGGGAAGAGGCGCUGCGACAGUCACGGCGAGACUCUACAGAGGUUGGCGCAAACGACGAAGACGAGAGGGCACGCAGUGCAAAUGUGGCGCCCUUGGCUGUUGCAGCUUAA